AGCUUCAGAGGAAAGAGCUGUCACCGGAAAAGACGUCGGAGGGGGAUCUCAUCCUGUAGAUGCGGCCGUCUUGGUCUUCGUGCCAGAGAGAGCAGGGUCUCUAGGGCGAACCCUCUCCUUCUUAUUAAGAAGGACUUGAAUAUGUCCAUUAAGUUCUUUUAAAAAAAAAAAUCACAUAUGAAUCAAAGUUGUGACUUCUGGUUUAAUAUAUAAGAUUUAUAUAGAUGCCGUGUGUCGUGAACAACCACGAAUUAAGCAAGAAGACAAUAGAGAACAAAAAGUAUUGAGGCAAAUACCCGUUUAGGGUUUCUUAUUAUUGCGUGAACUGAAUAAUCUUAAAAACCCUUAGACUCAUUUUUAUAUCAGCCUCAAAAUCCGAUUUCCUUUAUUUUUUAAGAAUACAUACUUAUCUAGAAAAGUUAAAUUUUCCUAAACCUAAAAGGCAUACCAACCCACUAGUGCUAAACUUUUACUUGUGCACAGAGAUUUAAGACACACAUAUGCAACCGUGAAAACAAGGUACUUGAGAACUCGACUUGUUUCAGUAUUAUAUCCUGUGAGUAUAAUUCAAGAAAGCCUUUCAUUUAAGCAACUUUGCACUGUCAGAUCUCAAAACAUGUCGCACCCAAAUUUUAGCGAAAAAAAAAAUCUGAAAACAUGUGAUGCUUGUUUAUUGGAGACCGCAUCACGGAUCAUUUGUUUAUCCUAUUCUCUAAGAUUUCUCUGGUUCUCUUGCUAUAGAUCAACACACUGUUUUCCAGACAUCUCUGAUAUGAAAUCGAAUAUUUUAGAAUUAGUUAAACAAUAGACUUUUAUCAUGUGUAUAUAAAUCCAGUUCCUUCUUCUUCUCCUCCUCCUCCACCCACUAUCAAACUUCCCUAAUGGCUUCGAUCGGCUUAUUUGAAGCAUCUAUAUCUCUUUUUUGCUUCCUCAUCUUCUAUUACUUCCUCAUCAACAAACAUUAUGGCAACUUGCUCAUUAAGAAAUACCUUCAAAGCUGCCCUUGGAACUGGCCUGUUCUUGGGAUGCUUCCAGCUGUGCUCAUGAGGUUCAAUCGGAUUGAUGAUGCCAUCUAUAUCAUUGAGAAAACCAACUUGACAUUUCUAUUCAAGGGUCCAUGGUUCAGUAGAAUGGAUGCGUUGAUCACCGUUGAUCCAGCUAAUAUACAUCAUAUAUUGACCUCAAAUUUCUCCAACUACGUCAAAGGACCUGAGUUCAAAGAAAUAUUUGAUGUCUAUGGAGAUGCGAUAUUCAACACCGAUGGAGAGCUAUGGAAGAAUCUAAGAAUGUCUUUUCAGGUCAUCCUCCAUCAGCAAGGUUUCCAAAACUUGUCAUUGAGUGUCACAACAAGUAAACUCAAGGACGUGCUUCUUCCUCUAUUCAGUCACUAUUCAGAGGAAGGGACGGUCGUGGACUUGCAGGAUGUGUUCCGGAGAUUCAUGUUCGAUAUAUCCUUAAUUUCAAUUACCGGGUCUGAUCCUCAGUCUCUAUCCAUUGAAAUGCCAGAGGUUGAGUUCGCAAAAGCCUUCGAUAAUGCUGGGGAAGCCAUUUUGUUUAGGCAUGUCAUACCAAAAUUCUUGUGGAAGUUUCAAAGAUGGAUGGGACUGGGUCAAGAGAAGAUGUUGCUAGAAGCCGGUGCAACUUUUGAUCGAAUCUGUGCGAAAUACAUUGAUGCAAAGAGAGAAGAGAUAAGAUCACAAGGGAUCGAUCAUGAUCAUGAUCAUUCCAAUGGAGAAAGUGAAGAUGUUUUAACAUCUUACAUAAAGCUAGAUACAAGCAAGUACGAGCUCUUGGAUCCAAGCAAUGAUAAGUUCAUUGGAGAAACCCUUUUAUCUUUCAUUUUCGCAGGGAGGGAUACCACUGCCACUGCUAUCACUUGGUUUUUCGGACUCCUCACAAAAAACCCUAACGUGGAAGCCAAGAUUCGCCAAGAAAUCAUCACAAAUCUACCGGAAGCUAGUCAAGAGAGGUCAUGGUCGGCUAGUGAUCACAAAGAGUAUUUGAACAAGUUGGUGUAUCUACAUGCAUCACUGUAUGAAGCAAUGAGGCUCUAUCCACCAAUUCCGUUCGAGCGCAAGUCUCCUAUAAAAUCAGAUGUACUUCCAAGUGGACACAAAAUCGAUGCAAACUCUAACAUUAUCAUCCCUAUCUAUGCGUUAGGGAGAAUGAGAUCCGUAUGGGGAGAGGACGCGUGGGAGUUCAAGCCAGAGAGAUGGAUUUCAGAGACUGGAGGGUUGAGACAUGAGCCUUCUUCCAAGUUUUUAGCAUUUAACUCCGGUCCAAGAACUUGUCCUGGUAAGCAUUUAGCUAUGGUGACAAUGAAGACCGUAGUAGUGGAGAUAUUACAAAACUAUGACAUUAAUCUUGUAAAAGGGUAUAAGAUUGAGCCAAAGCCUCGUCUUGCUCUUCAAAUGAAUCAUGGGCUUAGAGUCACGCUUAGUAAGAGAUCUUCGGCUUGAAAUGUUAUCUUUGCUAGAGUUUCUUAAGUAAUCUAUCGGUUAUAGUAUAGCAAGUAAUAAGGUGCGUACGUAUUGUCCAAAUGUACUUGCCUAGUGGUCUUUGCAAGGUUGGUAUAUUUGUGAUUUGAGAAAGUUCACUUCUCUCUUAUUUUUCUUUUGUAUUAAUGAACGCUGAGCUGUUUAUUUCUUAUAUGAAAAUGUAUUGCAUUGUGCCUUAAUAAGAUAUAAAAAUUACUGUCAAUAUCUCGAUGCUACCCGCUGGUUUUGAUUAUAACUACUAUGAUAGUCGAUAUAUAUAUGAGAGGAACUCGUGAGAUGGAUUACUUUAGAUACUUCGUUGUUCUUACAAAGCGCACCUUCUUAAUUAAUUAAAGAAAACCAAAUCACUUACACUCAUAUAAACCUCAUCAGUCUUU